AUGCUGGAACAAAUUGCUGUGUCUGACAGGUACAAACUGUGGGUGGAUUCGUGUGCAGAAAUAUUUGGUGGCUUGGACAUCUGCGCAGUGGAAGCCCUGCAUGGGAAGGAUGGGAGAGAUCAUGUUAUUGAGGUUGUUGGCUCCUCUAUGCCUUUAAUUGGAGACCAGCAAGAAGAAGAUCGUCAGCUUAUAGCAGAAUUGGUGGUUAGUAAGAUGGCCCAGACUCUGCAGAGCGGCUCAUCUCCCAGCCGCACUGAGGACCCCCACCAGCACAGGCUGCUCAGCGACAAGGAGGUCCUCCACCCCCAGCAGAGACCUCCACCUCAAGGACAACAGCUUCAAGGUCUUGGUCCUCAGCCAUCACAGCAUUCACCAAAUCUUCCAAGCCCUGGUGCACAACAACGGCAGAUGAUUUCUCAGCAACAACAGCAGCCACAACAACAGCAGCAGCCACAGCAGAUGAGGCCACAGCAGGGAUCUCCCCGUCAAUCUCAGUCCCCUCAAAGGCAACCAAGCCCUCAAAGUGCGCAGUCACCCCAACGUCAGCAGCAAGCACCUCCUAUGCCAACAGGCCCAAAGCCAAUGGGUGUCCAGGCUCCUCAACCCCGCCAACCUGGCCCUCCAAGACAGCCAGUCCCUGGAGGCCCUCAGCAGAAGCCACCACCACCAAUGCAUCAACAGCAACAUGGCAUCCGCCAGCCAGGACAGCAGCCACCACCCCAGCAACGCCCAUCAGGACCCGGUGGUCCCCAGCAACAGCUUCCUCAACAGCAGCCUCCACAGCAACAGCCACCACACCAGCAACAACCGCCACAGCGACCCAUGACCCAGCAACCCAGGCCCAACCCACAGGGACCUGGGCAGGGUGCGGCACGUCCUGGUGGGCCACAAAAGCCUCAGGUGGCUCAGAAGCCUGGCCAAGAGCUGCCCCCACCCCAGCCGCAGCUUAAUAAGUCCCAGUCCCUCACCAACUCCUUCACCCUUGCAGACUCACCAGCUCCACGCUCCAGUCUUAGUCACGACGAGGUGAAGGCCGAAACGAUCCGCAACCUGAGGAAAUCCUUCGCCAGUCUCUUCUCAGACUGA